UUCGCCAGCUACGUGUACCUGCUGGAGAAAGUCCCUCUGGUGAAGCUGUUCCCAGUGACCUGUGAGAUCAUCCAGGGGGAGAAGCAGUUCUACCACCGGGCCCAGCAGUUCUACCAGGACGUGCCCGCCUCGGAGGAGGGAAUGCUGGGGGACUUUGUGGAGAUCUCCGACGUGGAUCUGGAAGGGUCCCGGAAUUUUCUCAAGAGGUUUGUGGGGCCAGGGAAGGCCGGGACCCUCCGAGCGCUGGACUGCGGCUGCGGGAUCGGCCGCGUGUCCAAAGGGGUUCUCCUGCCCAUGUUUGAGAAGAUGGAGAUGGCGGACAUGAUGGAGCACUUCCUGCUUUACGCACACGAGGAGUACCUGGGCGACGACGCCGACCGCAUCGAGACGUACUACUGCUACAGCCUGCAGGACUUCACCCCCCCCGCCAAGAAAUACGACUGCGUCUGGAUCCAGUGGGUCGCCUGCCACCUCACGGACAAGGACCUGAUGAAUUUCCUGAUGCGCUGCAAGAAGAGCCUGCGGCCCAACGGCGUGAUCGUCCUGAAGGACAACAUGGCGCGGCAGGGCUGCAAGCUGGACCCCGUCGACAGCACGGUCAUCCGCCACCUGGACAUCAUACGGGACAUCAUCUUCAAGGCGGGCCUGGAGGUGCUGGGCGUGGAGAAGCAGGAGGGCUUCCCUGAGAUCAUGGUGCCCGUGUGGAUGGUUGCCAUGAAGCCAGUAGUGAGCCCGUAGGACAGCUGCUGCUCAUCACACCGUGGGUCAGCCCCUUCUGGUACCAGGGCACUGGACUCAACCAGAGAAGAGACAGUGUUGGUCCUACCAGGCCCCGGGGAAAGGGCUGGGGACUCUUACGGUGUCGGUCACUAGAAUCUGAUCGUUGGUCACCAGCUUCAUCAUGAGGAGUGUGAGUGGAAAACAUCUCUGUUAACCUUUGGCCGUUCUGCCCUCCAAGAGCGGGAACGAGAGCAGAGUGGAGUUAGUCACAGUGACACAUAUUACAGUAAAAUAUGAAUUAACUACCUUCAUUGGAUAAAACGAAUGUGGCCCAUGCAUUAUUUAUUCUGACUUCUCAUCUGAGUAUGUCUCUCCUAUUUGUCCUCUUUUGUGUACAUAAAACCGAUUUUGACACAAUUUAGAGAAAUUUUAAAUAUCAUUCAGCAACUGUAGGGCCAAAUAGUAUGAGUCUUUAUUGAAGAAGAGGGAAUGUAUUGUGUGUUAUGUUUCUGUAGACGCAAGUAUGACUGGCAUUUGUUCAUGUCAACUGAGUAGAUGUAUAUAUUGAUGUUGUUUGAUGUAAUUAUGCAUUUUAUACAAUUGCCUGUUAUAGUGCAAACACAAUUUUUUAAAGAGCUCCUUUUUGUUCAA